AUGACUUUAAUGACGUUUUUUCUCCUUCCUCUCUUUCUCUUUGCUUUGAUUUCACCUGCAUUUGCAUUGUUUCCUAAAAAGUUAUCUUACGUUUCCGAAAAUGGUCCUUUUAAGAAUGCUACCAUUGCCGAUGUUUUGAAUGGUUCGAAAAACCUAGCGGCAUCAUGCUCUUGCCCUUCCCACAUUCUUUCUUCUGACGUUCCUCUCUACUCGGCAAAAGAAACCAUCACUGCUUCUAGUUAUUGGUCCCUUGUUACAACUCAAAUUACCACCACUGCUUAUGUGCCUUUUACUUCACAACUUGCCUGUGUUCCCACAGGUGAUUCCCAUUCCUCUUCUUCUCUCACUAGCAGUGCGACUGGCAGCUCCUCUCCGACUCCUUCUGUAGCUUCGGUGCCUUCUUCGACCACCGCUGCUACUUCCAGUCAGGUUCCUCCCGCCAGUGCCUCACCUAGUCCUAGUCCAAGUGCCAGCCCCUCAUCCGUCCCUGCCCUAUCUACCGCCUCGGCUUCUUCAUCUACACAGACUGCUAAUACAAGCCCAGCCGGCACCCCAUCUCCAAAUGCCAGUUCCACUCUAGUUUCCAGCUCCCAACCGGUACCCUCUACGAGCUUCACUAGUUCCGUCGCUUCUCCUCCUGCUCCUUCCCCAUCAAGCAACUCCAUUAAGUCCUCCUCCUCAGUUCCUAUUCACAGCAAAGCUACUGGUAGUUCGUCCGCUUUCCCUCAUACCUCUGUUCUCUCUUUUCUAACCGAACGCUUCUCUACCGUUUACACAACAACCCUUUCGGGUGCUAGUUCGGAUGUCAGAAGUAUAACCUCUAAAGCUGUUUCCUCUACGCCGAUUGCACCUUCUUCUUCAUCUUCUUCCCUCCAAUCAAUCCCUCGUUCAUCAGUCCCUAUCACAUCUGCUGGUCCUUCUUCGAGUGUAGGAACUUCAUCUCCUUUAUCCUCCACUGCCAUUCUUUCUUCAACUGUCAGCAGCAAAAGUAGCCCGGCAGUUACUCCCACAACGAGUACCGCAUCCUCUGCUUCUUCUUCAACCGAGAGUGUUACUACCUCAAGCUCUACACCUGAGCAUCCCGUGUUAAGUACUUCUUCUUUUUCGAAGAUCACCUCUGCACCCCUUCCUUCAACUUCCAUUGAUAAAUCGAGCAGCAUUAUUACAAGCGCCACUACCGGAUCCUCUUCAACACCAAGCUUGGUGACUAUUUCCCCAAACAUAACUUGCUAUACUGAAACCGAUACUGUAACCACUACGUCUGGUUCUACCGUCACAUCCGGUUCUCAAGGAUUCACUUCCACCGUUGCUACUCCCUCAGGCUCUUCUGCUGGAACUGUUGUGAUUGAUACUCCUAGCCCUAGUCCCUCUUGGGUUACUGAGACCAUCACUUCUGGUUCUCAAGGAUUCACUUCCACCGUUGCCACUCCCUCAGGCUCUUCCGCUGGAACUGUUGUGAUUGAUACUCCUAGUGCUACGCCUAACGGUUCUGUUGUCAUUAACACUCCUAGCCCUAGUCCCUCUUGGGUUACUAAGACCACCACUUCCGGUUCUCAAGGUUUCACCUCCACUGUUGCUACUCCCUCAGGCUCUUCUGCUGGAACUGUUGUGAUUGACACUCCUAGCCCUAGUCCCUCUUGGGUUACUAAUACCAUCACUUCCGGUUCUCAAGGUUUCACCUCCACUGUUGCUACUCCCUCAGGCUCUUCUGCUGGAACUGUUGUGAUUGACACUCCUAGCCCUAGUCCCUCUUGGGUUACUAAAACCAUCACUUCUGGUUCUCAAGGAUUCACUUCCACCGUUGCUACUCCCUCAGGCUCUUCUGCUGGAACUGUUGUGAUUGACACUCCUAGCCCUAGUCCCUCUUGGGUUACUGAGACCAUCACUUCUGGUUCUCAAGGAUUCACUUCCACCGUUGCUACUCCCUCAGGCUCUUCUGCUGGAACUGUUGUGAUUGACACUCCUAGCCCUAGUCCCUCUUGGGUUACUAAAACCAUCACUUCUGGUUCUCAAGGAUUCACUUCCACCGUUGCUACUCCCUCAGGCUCUUCUGCUGGAACUGUUGUGAUUGACACUCCUAGCCCUAGUCCCUCUUGGGUUACUGAGACCAUCACUUCUGGUUCUCAAGGAUUCACUUCCACCGUUGCUACUCCCUCAGGCUCUUCGGCUGGAACUGUUGUGAUUGAUACUCCUAGCCCUAGUCCCUCUUGGGUUACUAAAACCAUCACUUCUGGUUCUCAAGGAUUCACUUCCACCGUUGCUACUCCCUCAGGCUCUUCUGCUGGAACUGUUGUGAUUGAUACUCCUAGCCCUAGUCCCUCUUGGGUUACUAAGACCAUCACUUCCGGUUCUCAAGGUUUCACCUCCACCGUCGCUACCCCUACUGGCACAUCUGCCGGCACUGUAUUGAUUGACGUUCCCAGUGCUAGCUCUUCUUGGGUAACUACUACGACCACUUCUGGUUCUCAGGGGUUUACCUCCACCGUGGCUACUCCUGAGGGCUCUAAGGCUGGUACAGUAUUGAUCGAUGUUCCUACACCUGCCUGGGUGACUAGUACGAUAACUUCCGGUUCUCAAGGCUUCACUUCCACUGUGGCUACACCAGAGGGUUCCAAGACUGGUACAGUUCUAAUCGAUGUCCCUACACCAUCCUGGGUGACUACUACGACAACUUCCGGUUCUCAAGGUUUCACCUCCACUGUUGCUACUCCUGAGGGCUCUAAGGCUGGUACAGUGUUGAUCGAUGUUCCUACACCUGCCUGGAUAACCACUACAAUAACUUCCGGUUAUCAAGGUUUUACUUCCACCAUCGCUACCCCCGAGGGCUCCAAGACUGGUACAGUUCUAAUCGAUGUACCAAAACAGACCACAACUACUACGACUAGUACAUUUGAUGGAAUAAAUGGUGGCUACACCAGUUCAUAUAGUGGAGGUGCUACUGAGACAAUUUUGAUUGGUACUCCUAACCACUCAGUUGUAAAUGUCGCUUAA